AUGUCGAGCAUUCCAGAAGAGAUGUACCAUGAAAUCCUUUUAAGGUUACCAGUGAAAUCAUUACUUGUAUGUAAGUCUGUUUGCAAGAAUUGGUAUGCCCUAAUCUCUUCCUCUGAUUUUGUUAAUACCCAUAUUACUAUGCAGAAAAACAACCCUAGUCUCAUGCUUGACGGUCUUGCCAAGUUUAGCGGAAAUAAUAUACUUCACUCCAUAAGUUAUGAUUCAGUAUAUGAAAUUAAAGAUGAUCGUAUGGAAAUGGAUAUCCCAUUCAAAUCUUCAGUUGAUGAUGUUCAAUUGUUGGGUUCAUGUAAUGGUCUGGUUUGCAUAUGGUUGUUUGAUCAUGAAGGUCAUAGAGAUUGUAUUUGUCUUUGGAACCCAGGUACAAGAGAAUAUAAAGUUAUACCCAAAUCACCAAGUGUAUUUUAUAGCUGCGAUGUAUGUGCAUUUGGGUAUGAUCGCAGGACUGAUGGUUAUAAGUUGGCAAUAGGUAUAACAGCUUGUGGAACCAAGGAUAGUUCUCUAGUCCAAGUCUACACGUUAUCAUCAAAUUCAUGGACAAAGGGCCAACUUGUACCUUACAAGUUUCCUUCUACAUACAAAUCUGGGGUGCUUGUUAAUGGAGACCUUCAUUGGUUAGCUAUAGCACAAGAUAACAUUAUCUUACUCUCUUUGGAUAUCGGUGAGGAGAGUUUCAAAGAACUGCAACUACCAGUGGAGAAGGAUCAGCAUCCGCGUAUGAUCCUGGGAGAGUUGGAAGGGUGCCUUUGCAUACUUGUCAGCUCAUAUGGCGUUAAGACUCAUGUUGAAAUCUGGAAGAUGCUGGAUUAUGGAGUUCGAGAAUCUUGGACUAAGUAUCAUGUCAUUUCCCAUGAGACUAUUGUAGCACACCAGUUUCUUUUGAGGCUCAUCAGGUCUUUCAAGAAUGGCGAGAUUCUGUUCUUGUGUUGCGAUAUUCUAGUUUUGUAUGACCUGAAAAACGGGAGUGUUAGCGGGGAAUUAUUUUGA